AACAUUUUAGAAAAUUAGAGGCAAAUAAAGCCUUGAUAUCGCAAUAAGUGUGAUGAUUGGAUUUCCAGUAGAUGAUAAAGAUAUGUUGAUCACUUCUGUCGAAGAGCCAAAGAGAGUUGUGACGGGCGAUGAAAAUAAAGCCCUGACCUGCAGUAGUCGAGCUGUUGAUGAAGAAGACCUAGAGGAACCUGUUGGCGCUUCUGAUUCUAGUGAUGAUAACAGCAGCGAUGAUGAACAGUCUGAAGUAAACUUGUCCACAACACGAGCCGAGAGUGAGGCAGAAAAUGAAACUUCCAAGAGUUAUCCUCAUAGUGAAGAGGAAAAUCGGGGGGAAAGCUCGGACUCUAGAAUGUCUGAUAAAGAUGCAGAUGGGGCUAUAAGUUCUGACAAAGAGAAGGCUAAUGAGAACUCUGACACCAACCAACAAACUGCAGUUGGUGCCGAAAGUGAUGACGAUAUGGACAGUGAUGAGGAAGUUUUUAGAAAUCGUAAAAAGCGGUUGAAAAUGAACAGGUCGCUUUUGGAUGAUAGUGAUGAUGACAUUGGCAAUGAUGGAAGGAUGAGAAAUUCUCCAUCAGUUGUUGACCAGGAAAGUGGAGAUGAGAAAAGUGGUGAUGAAUCCGACCUGGCACUGAGUCAAAAGAAGGGGUCAAGGCUGAAGAAAAUACUUGAUGACAGUGAUGAUGAUGAUGAUGAUAAUGAGACAUCUUGUAGUAAGGAGGCAUCCCAGAGUGGACAUGAUACAAAGACGGCUACAACAAUGAGAAGUGAUAUAUUUGAUGCCGAGAUGGAUGAUGAUGAUGAUAGUUCCAAGUCUGGUGACAGCGACAAUGAUGAAAAAGCUGGUCAGGAAGAUGAAGAUGAUGGAUUUGUUGCUCCGAAGAGUGGACGCUGGGCAAAAGGAAAAGGUGCAUCCAAAUCAACACCAAAAGAAAGGGAACACAGAGAGAAGGCUGUACAAGCUCAACAAAUCCAUAGUGAAAGUCAGAGAAUGACGCGGGAAGCCCAAGUGAAAUUGCCAUAUCACCAACCUAAGCCACUGAACCUCCAGGAUAUUCUGAACAGAAGGAAUCAGAAGCAGACCACUCCUCUUCAACUCCGACCAACACCUUCCCUCAUCAGACAAAUGUCUCUGGAUUCUCCAAGCGCAAAGAAGAAACCCUCAGUCAUCUUGCCUACCUUUGAUGACAAAGAGGAUAGGUCAAUGGACGACAAUGAAAACAUUUCAGAUGAGACAGGAGUCGAUGUUGUGGAUGGCAAAAAUGUGGAGGAUGUGAAAGAGUCUAUAGACAAUGAUGUUGAUGAUGAUGAUGACCUUGAUCAUUUGCCUGAUUUAUAUGUAGAAUCUAUGCCAAUGGAACCAAAAAGUAAACACAGCAGUCCUAAGGGAUCAGAAAAGACUGAGGAUGCUGGUAACCGUAAUGUAAACACUUUGACGGAUGAUUCGGGAUUUGUUACAACGCCUUUUAGCUCGUCGGAUGAUGAGUCAAAUGGUGUGAAGAAAGCAGACGAUAUUUCAUUGAAAGAAACCAUGUGUGUAGAUGAGCCUAUGGAUUUGCUCCCCAACAUUGUUCAUCAAGGUUGUGGUGAUGCAGAAUCAUCGCAGGUCAUACAAAAAUCUUCGAAAACUAUGAGCAGUUUCAUUCAGAAGAAAAGUGACAUGGACAAUAACGAAGAUGAGGUCCUGAGUAAGGAUUUGGAAUUUGAUGUACUUGAUGGCGGACCAAGUAGUGCUAAAAAGAUUCGUCCCACGCUUGACUUACUUGCCAACUUAGACUUGCCUUCGCUCAACCCCAAGUUGGACAAUGGAGGUGGUGACUUUAUUGAUUUGGAUAUGGAAGAGGAUAGCGUACCAGUGACUGGGGUUCAAGGUCUGAUGUCCCGGUUCAUCCAGCACACUAAGAAAAUCAGUCCAAAAGGUCCUAAGAAGAUUGAGGUCAGUUUUGUUCACAAAGAUCUUGACGAAUCUGAGAAAGAAGUGCUGAAGCUCGGGAAGAUUUCAUACGAAUUGGAAGCAGAGCAAUCCAUCGACCCCAAACUGUUGGUGCCAGGUGCCAAGCUUCAGUUUCUGAAAGAGAAGCUACGGGGAGGCAUGAAGGCUAAAAGAGAAGAGGCAAGAUUGAAAAAGCUUGAGGCGUAUGCAUUCGAUAAUGAAGAGGGAUUUGUUGGUGAGGAGGAGGAUGAGGCAGAACUGACGGACCAGACAGACACAGAUGUUGAAGAAGAACCUGAUGAAGAAGAGGAGAUGGAAGAAGAAGUUGAAGAGGAGGAUGAAAAAGAAAAGGAGGCCUUGCCCUAUGCUGAUGACGAAGCUGAAGAUGAUGAUGACUUUGCUGAUGAGGACACCAUGCAUCUGCAACUGAACAGCUCGGAUUCAGAACAUACAGAUGAUGAGAAUGAGAACCUGGAGAAUGGGCGGAAAGGUUUUCUGAAAAGUGCGAAGGAGAAAACGCAGAGACAAGAUAGCAGAACAGGUGAAGAAGAUAACUUGCUGAAGACACCUACUCUUGGGGGAUCAGAUUCUGUGUCGUCAGAUACUCUGAAGGACAACUUUCUCAUACCAUCAGCCAAGAGAAACCGGAUUCCUUCAGACCGCUCAACCCAAGACAUGUUUACACCAUUCUCCAAGGUGUCCAAUACCAGCAAUAGCACUGAUAGCACUGGCAAAUCAAAGGGUUUCUGCAGUAAUAAGUCAUCUGGCCUGACACUUCCAAUCGAAGAUACUCAAGAUUUGUACCAAAGUGAUAUGUCCAACUCGAUGUGUGGCAACGCAAAGCAAGAAACUCCAAAGAACUCAUCUUUCCAUUACGAUGAGUCUCAGAUGUUUGAUGAGAAUGGGUUCCUGAAAGUGAACAAAUCUACGGGCAAGAAGUACAUCAAGCGGCAGCUCCAUCUUGGGGACGAUGAUGACAAGGACAAGGAAGACGACAUGGGGGAAUUGCUGGGACUGUGUUCUGGGAAAUUUCCUGGCGCAGCUGUUGAUCAGUACCAAGACGAUAUGAAUGAGUUACUGGGACUUUGCUCCGGUAGAUUUCCAAGUGCAACCCAGGCUACAGAAACUACUCAGAAGAAAAAGUUGACCAUGAAAGGAUUGUUCCCGCAGGAACCUACCUCAACACAAGCAAAUAUGGAUGAGCUCAUGGGCCUGUGCUCUGGAAAAUUCCAAAGUGACUCCAUGCCUUUGGCAAAAAAUCUUCCAAUGUCAAGUCAGUUUGGCAACACGCAAAGCAAUGUUGAUGAACUUCUUGGCCUGUGCUCCGGAAAGUUCUCACUCGGCAAUUCGCAGUUUGCCAAAAAGUUACCAAUGUCAAGUGAUAUUGGCAACACCCAAAGUAAUGAAGAUGAACUUAUGGGACUGUGUUCUGGCAAAUUCCCAAACAGCAAUACACAGUCGGAGAGCAAUAAGCGACGGGGAUCGUUUAGUCAGUUUGGGAACACUCAGAGCAACAUGGAUGAACUUGUGGGUCUUUGUUCAGGAAAGUUUCCAAGUAGUAAUGCACAGUCGACGAAGACAAAGCUGUCUUUGCUGAGUGAUGACGACAGCGAUGACGGUGAUGACCUGCAACUUCAGGUGCUGUCUGGUGAUGAGGAUGACGACGAAGAGGAGGUUAAUGGGAGAAAAAAGCAUGCUGCUACUUUGGAUAGCGAUGAGGAGGUUGACAAUGAUCGGGAUGAAGAAGAUAAUGAAGCGGACGGUGAUGAUAAUGAUGAAGAAGAGGUUGAGGAAGAGCAACACUUCAGUUUUAAGGGUUUUACAAAGCAAGGGAAAAUUCGGAAAGAGUUCAUGGAAGGUGAGGCCGAGUUAUCAGGGUCCGAGUAUGACAGUGAUGAGAAUCUCGAUCUGGAUGAGAAAGAUGACAUCAUGGAGGUCGAGGAAGGAGACAAGGAUGACGUUGGUACAGAGGAGGAUCUCCGAGACCAAGUGGGGCGUGUUCAUCUGAAAUCUGUCAUCGAUGAAGAUAAGAAAGAACUGCGGAUGUUCCAGGAAAUGUACCUACCCGAUGGAGACUUGCACACAGAAGGCGAGGGAAGACAACGGAAAUUUAGAUGGAAAAAUGUUGAUGACGACACCCAACAAGAUAUGUUUGAUGAUAACUCGGAUAAUGAACAGAAUGCAGAUGAUGAUGCUGAGCAUGAGUCCAAGUGGAGGAUGGAACGAUUUGCUCGUGAGAGAUGGUUGGAGGAACAGAAGGCAAAUACUGAGGUAGAAAACCAGGAAGGAGACAGUCAACUUAUGAAAUUUGGUAACGUUGUGUUGAAGAAAAUGAAUGGGGGUCUUGCCAUGGAGAAGUUAAAACCAGCCUCGCAGCCAACUGAAAACAAAGCUCCUUCAACUCCCAAGUCGCUCUUUAGAAUGAAGCAACGCCGGGGUUCCUUCCUAACAAGAAGUAAAGAAACACUAGCUGUCAUAGCAGAGAGGACCAAGCCUGUAUCGAAUCCAGUGGCACCAGUCAAUUCCAGGGGCUUCGUAUUCUCUGCAAUUUCUCCAGAGAAGAAGAAAAACAUGCCUGUGAAAAGGGCCAACAGUGUCAACGAGAACCAGCCAUCCUCAAAGCGACCAAAACUGGAACGCAGCAAUACAUUCUCGGGGAACAGCAUCUUCAAACUCAUGGAUCAUUAGAGCUACAUACUGGUAUCUUGGAAUAAAAAAAGCUAGAAAAUCAUUAUACAUUAACAUGAACUGGAGUCAUUGGACAUUACAUAAAUGUAGAACGUUUCACUUACAUGUAAUCAUUAUAUGCUUUCCACUGAUACUUGUAAAUUGUGACUCGCUCUACCAAAACUAGGUGCUUGUCGCAUCUGAACUUGACAGGUUGAUAUGGACUUGUUGUUCAUUUCCCUAUUGUAGACCUUUUGUGAAAUGGUCAAUAGGGAAUAGGGAAAUGAACAACAAGUCCGUAUCAACCUGUCAAGUUCAGAUGCGACAAGCGCCUAGUUUUGGUAGAGCGGGUCACAAUUGGCCUACAUGGCACAUACAUGCCAUGCAUUUUGAUACUACAUGUAUGCACUAGAUGCUACCAGGAGGAGUAUGGCACAUAUGCCAUGCAUUUUGAUACUACAUGUAUGCAAUAGAUGCUGCCAGGAGGAGUAUGGCACAUAUGCCAUGCAUUUUGAUACUACAUGUAUGCACUAGAUGCUACCAGGAGUCAACCCCCAACUUGAGAUGGGGGUUACCCCAACUUGAGUUGGGGGUUGCGACAUAAGCUUUAUAGACUUUAUUUUAAUGCGUAGUACACAUGUAUUUCUAGCAACUACUCCAGAACUUACAACUGGGAAAAACACAAAAAAUAUUGAGCUUUUGAUAUUAGCAAUA